UCGACUGUCAAUGUCAUGUCGUCAAAAUUUCUUUCAGUUUUGUUUUAAAAAUUUUAUUUCCUCGUUUGUCUUAUGCUUUUAUCAGCUCAUUUUUCAAGUAAAUGGAAUAAAUUAUUAUUGAUUAUACGAUAAUGCAAUGGUGAUAAAGAAAUGAUUAAUUUGGGUAAUAAUUUUGACAUUCGAAAGUCCAGAGAAGUAUUUUUGAUAUCAACAUCUUGACUAGUUAGUAAAAUGACUUGAAAAUGAAGAACGGAUGCAAUGAACUUUUGGAAUCUAAAACAACCGAGCGCAAUGAACGCGCUAAAAAGAUUUAUCGGUAUGUAAAUGAUAUUGCAAGGCGCCUUGGUGAUACUACAGCAGGAAGUCAGUCUAUAGGUGAUCUCUUCACUACCAAUGUUGAGACACAAAGGCAAAAGCUGAGGGAUAACUGUGAGAAGUUGUUCUUUUUGGAUCCAUUGAACUAUGGGAAAAAAUCUUUAGAGCUGCUUUGGCGCAAAGUAUAUUAUGAUACUGUGAGCACAGUUAAAAAGUUACGCGAGUCAAAUACUAAGUAUGACAAUUAUAUUUUCUCACAUAUUGUCUGCGGUAUUGGACACUUCCAUAACUUGAUGAUAAGAGUGCAGUCUGAAAUGGGUGUAAACAUCAAAGAAUUGGAUUUCAUGCCUCUGUUCACAGAGGACGAAAGCGACGAAGACUUACAAAUAAAUCCUUCAAAUGAAGAGUACCAACUUGGCAAAUGUGUACUUUAUUCAUGUCUGAUAUAUUUGGGAGAUCUAAGUAGAUACCAAGUAGAGUUGUUUAAUGAUUUUGACUCUUCUAUAGCAGCUCGCUAUUAUCUCCAAGCUGCAAAAAUUGAUUUAGCCUCAGGAAUGCCAUUUAACCAACUAGGCAAUCUAUAUCUGGAUAGAAAUUAUAAUCUAGAUUCUGUUUGCUAUUACAUCCACUGCCUCAAUACUGUUACACCUUUUGAGGGGGCUAUGGGUAAUUUAACAAAAAUAUUUGAGAAGAAUAAUCAAAUUGAUGACAUAGUUGAGACUGACUCUUCAUCUCAAGUAGAACAUAUGCAAGUGACAAUUGCCAAUUUUCUAUCUUUAAUUGAGGUAUGGUACUUUGGAAAAGAUCAUGAAAACAUACCUAAAAUAUGCAACUCUAUAGCACAACAGCUUAAAAUAGCUAUGGAUUUUGAGAGAACUCCUUUACCAGACAUAAACAAAAACUAUGCUGACUAUACCAAAGCCAUUGAGGAAGAAAGUAUAAAUCCAUCUUAUAUGAAUGCCAGUGUCAUACAUAAUGUUGUACUAAUCUGCCUGUUCACAAUAGCAAAGUUAAAUGAAGUAGAUGAAGGGAAAGCUUUUGCUUGUAAAGCCUUCACACUGGCAUUUUUAUCUCAAGUGCUCCAAAAGUUACUAAAGCAGCUGGAAUCGUUUGGUUUAAAAAGCCCAGCUCAUAAAUACAACUCCAGAUUUGCAGCAAAGUAUGAAAAGGAGAAAAUUGUAGAGUCAACUAAAAUACCAAUUGAAGAAACUACAUCAUUGAAUGAAACCAAACUUACAAAUGGUGACACAAAUGGAAUUAAAAAACAAAAUAUAUCUGAAGAAGAAACAAAUAAAGGAAUAAAUGGUGAGGGUAAGAAUAAUAAGAAGCACUCAACAGCAAAGCGCCGACGCAGGCGCCGGGUGGCUUCAUCAGAGACAACAGACGAUAGCGACGCUGACAGUGACAGCAGUGCCAUUGAGACAGAUAAAUCUGAAUCUGAAGGAGAAGAUUUAUCAGAUACCACUUAUCAUUCUGACAAUGAUUCCAAGAGUGAUGGUUCACUCUACAACAUAUCUGACAAUGAGGACUUAGACGCUCAAGUGACUGAAGGCUCACAGGAAAGAGAAAUUAGGAGUGUGGGUACCGUUAUUAAAACAGUGAAAUUGGCAACCAACAAUGGAAUUAAUGGCCACAAGAAUGAGUCAUUUGAAAGUGCAGACCAACUGCAAGUUUCUGCAAUUGAGCAGUUUUUGUUGGGUGAUAAUUUUUUGCCCAGUGUGAAAUUGUUGCAGGACUGGGUGUUGACAGAGAAGGAACUGAUUCUUUCAUGUGGAGACAGUGGAGAGUCUCUCUUUCAGUGUGUGGUUGAUCUACUAAAUAUUUUCAUAUAUUAUUUCAACCAUAAAAACAAUGAGUUACUCUCAAAGGUGAAGUGCAAGAUUUUGGACCACACCAGAGUGAUAUCUAAAAAGUUCAAACUUGAAUUCAAGUCUCUACCAUUGCCUGAAGACAUAAAUUUGCGUGGCACCAAUAUCUGCAAGUUUGACAAGGACGCUUCAGAGUGGCAGAUGAUAGAUAAGUUCAAGCCAACUGUUAUAGAUGAAAAUGUUGUCAGAAUAUUAAAUUUCAUUGACUUUGGCUAUCAAACAGCCAAGAUUGUUCCAAGAAUAAGGUAUAAUAGAACACUUAAAGUAUUUUACUUCAAGAAGAACAUACCUCCUAAAGUUACCAUCAAAAUCAACCACAGUAUCAACAAAAACAAGGAAUGGACCAACUCUGAAAAACAGAAUGUAACUUGUCAGGCGGAGCCGCCGCCCGAGGGCGGGCUGCUGCGGCGGCUGGGGCACCUGUGGCUCACGUCGCAGGUGCACGAGCUGGAGCGCGCGCGGCCCGUCGAGGUGCCGUCGCUGCUGGCCGUGGACACCGCCACGCUGUACAAGCACCUGCGCCGCGUCAAGCAGCUCGUGAGGACCUGCAACUUCGUCAUCCUGGUGCCGACUGUCGUUCUCCACGAGCUGGACGAGCUGAAACGAGACAAGAGUUCCGCGCGCGACGCCAUCCGUUGGCUGGAGACGGAGCUCAAGAGCGGCUCGAGAUUCCUCCGAACCCAACGCCCGGGCCAGGCAAAACCUCUGCCUUUCCUAAAGUGCCCCAAAAAAGCGCCGCAGCAUAUUCUCAAUUUCAUACAAAUUCUGGAAUUCUGCAACCACUUUGUGACAGACGAGAAACCACAAGGUGGGAACGGUGAUCCGGACAGUGCGAUCCAUGGGAAAGCUUCGUCUCUUUUGGUACUGUUAGUGGGCAAUGAGCUGGGCAAGGAAGAGUACAAGGAGUUCAGCGUCCAAGGUGCGGCGAAGUCGGCCGGGGUCGCCGUCGAAUACGUCGACGACUUCUACUACAAAUGGCGCAAGGUUAUCCCCAAGAGCGGCACUAAAAGAUGAACGACGCGACGGUUUGAACCGGUCUCGAUUGAUGAAAGUGACACGACGCCUGUGCUUGCAAGUCAGAAAGAAAGGAUUCUACGUGAGCAAAAAAAAACACCAUGAAACCGCUAUGAAAAAUCCGAUUCCCAGAAUAUUCUAUGUUACUUAAUUUAGUGAAGCAUACAUCGGAUAGGAAAUGUAAUCUUAAUGAUAUAUGUCCGUUCUAUUAGAUGUCUACAUUAUAUGGGAGUGUAACUUUAAUUUCUUUAUGACAUGAUAAAUGGGUGUUAUUAUUUUGACUGUCUUUAUUGGAUGUUCAUCUUAAUGGUAAUAAAUAUGUGUACUACAA